AUGUUGCUUACGCUUCCCAAGACAGCGAAGUCUGAAUUCGAAACCAAGACUCAUGCCUACUCUCCGAUCUUCCCUUCAGCUUCGUCCGCGCGAUACUCCCCCCAACUCAAAGGCGGACCUUUCUCUUCAGUGCCGGCGGGUGCUCCAACCACCAUGGCCGCACCUCUGCGAGGACUCCCACACCCCUUAACAUCACUUCCUGCUCCGACCCAACCAACACAUCAGCAAGGUUCUUCGGGGCCUCCCCCUCCAUCCACGCCCCAUUGGCAAACUUCACAAACACCAAAUGUCGAGAGCAAUACAAAAGACUGGUUCCUUGCCAAAGCCGAGGAAGAUAGACGGAAGCAGGAGGAGGAAAAAACUAGACAAGGAGAACUGAAGCUUGAACAACGGAAAAUCGAACGAUCAAUGCUUCAGGAGUCGUUGCAAGGCGGUGUCCCACCGCAUCUGGUUCCUUUAAUAUUCGCAGGCAUUGGAGGAGGGAAUGUGUCGAACUGGACUAUGGACCUGAUUCAACAAUAUGCGGCCCAGCUACAGGUUACACAACAACAGCAACAAGGGCAACAGCAUGCCCCUCCGACGGCACAGUCUCCAACAGCGUCCCGAAGACAUAUUGAGCCUGGAACGUACGUCCUUUCGUCUGCACCCCAACAGGCAGCACCUCCGCCUCCGAGUUCUGUGCUGCCCACACAGCCUUUGCAAGGGCAGCCGCACCACGGUGUCUUUUCAUCAGCCUAUCCAGGCGGUAGUGUGCCGCUCCCCGGCCAUGCCGUCGCUCCCAUGCCGGCUCCGCCGCCGCCGCCUUCAUCACAGCUUCCGAAACUCGCAACAAACGAGAUGUCAAUACAGCCACCACCCACGGCGCCGUCAUCCGUGCAACAGACUCAAUCGGCUCAGCCGGCGCAACAAGAAGAGUCGUCGUUGUACUUCUACCAUUGGGUGCCCCCUUCUUCUCAGCAAGAAAAGUCGUCAAGCGGCAACGCGCCUGCAACGCCUUCAGGUAAAUACAAAGCCUCCGCUUCGUUCCCGCCCCGUGCGCGUGCAGCUACGGAUGCGUCAGACGCCAACUAUGCCAGCUCCCCAAAGAAGCGGAAGGCGGAAGGAGGCCACCCAGCGCCUCCGGUUCCAACAUCGGCACCUCAAACACAUACUUCGCCCUCCUAUUCGCAGGUAUCGUCUUCCUCCACCUCCACACCCCAAAGAGGCCACGCCCGAGGCCAUUCUGACGCAUCUACACGUGGUGAUACCCUCAGAGCUACUCUAAACAGACCCAACCAGGGGUAUGGGCAGGAGUAUACGGAGCGGAGUGGAACUCGUACCAAUGUGCCGGAGCAAAGACAUUACCGGGCGUCUCACGAUGAAGGUUACCAUUAUGGUCGACGUCCACCGCCGAAUGAACCGUCUUUGGUCAAUGAACCGUCUCGAUACGAAACGCAAGGGGACUGGCAUCAACAUCAGCAACCCCAUCACCAACGCCCCGCACUCCCCCAUAGCCAUGAGGGUGCGCCUCUCUCUAAGCGAGAAGAGGGAAGGCAGUAA